AUGUUUAUCAAACAUUGACCCAAACUAGCCUAGCUCUAGUUUUGCAGUUGCAUAAGUUUAUAAUCCUUAAAGUUAUAUUUCUGCUGACUCUUUGUUGACUUCAGCAAUUGUGGACACGUUACGCAUUGUGGGAUUGUCACGAUUGUGGAUGUCAUAGAGACCAAGCGAAAUUAAAAAGAAUAAUUAAAAGCUUGCAAAUACAUAAACGGGGACGAUUUUUUAAGAACGGAACAAUAUCAAACACAGUACUUACUAUAUAUAUCGGGCAAAACAACGCUGGAAAGGAUAAAGGACAAUUAGCAUAUUUUUUAAAUGCUAAAAAGGACAAGGACCAAAAACGUAAUUAAAGGAUUGUCCUUUGAAAUAAAGGACGGUUGGCAACCCUAUACGGUAUAUUCGUCUUCAGUUCUUGUUUGAUUUAUUCGGGAAAAUUCAUAUUCUAGAUAGAGAUUUAGUGCAAAUGUCCACUUUCUGACUUUUUGUGGCCCAUGAUUUUGAAUUCUCAAAGUUUAUUGACACAUUUCAUGAGUCAUGACUUCUCUAUUUAAAUCAAUUGAGUGGUGGGGAAUGCAAACGACUUCUGAAGAGGAAUGUGAUUUUGGAUGUCUGUGUGUUGCAAAUAUAGAUAAUUCAGCCGAUGGCACAGAUAAAAUCAUCGUUGGAAGUUAUCAUGGAAUACUUCACAUUUAUUUACCAAGUGAGGGAGGAAAGAAUCCACAUGAUAUAUUAUUAGAAUCACAACUUUCUGGUCCUAUAUUACAAGUUGCAGCUGGAAAAUUUGUAUCGGUUUCUUCAGACUUACAUCUAGCAGUUUUGUUACCUCGCAGUCUCACAAUAUAUGCAAUCGCAGUUAAGGCAGGAGCUGUAGAUCAUGGUAAUCAGUGUAUCAUAAACAAAAUAUAUGAACACAGACUCGAAAGAACAGCUGCAAAUAUGACAUAUGGUCCAUUUGGCGGCGUACAAGGCAAAGAUUCACUAUGUGUACAAUCUAUGGAUGGAACAUUAUCAGUAUUUGAAAGCGAGAACUUUGCCUUCACAAGGUUUAUUCCAGGUUUUCUUACACCUGGUCCACUAGCAUAUAACGCAAGAAUAGAUUCUUUUAUAACAAUGUCUUCAAAUAGAUGCUUGGAAGCCUAUAGUUAUCAGGUACUUGCAGUUGCCGUGGACUCUAAUACAAAAGAAGAAAGUCAAAGUGUUACAACUGGAAAACGAAUCAAUGCUGAUUGGAAACUCAAUCUUGGGGAAGGUGCACUUGACAUAAGUGUGAUUAAUAUCCCAAACAGUCCUUCUGUGAUAAUGAUUUUAGGUGAGAGAAAUCUAUUUUGUGUACAUGAAACUGGGCAGCUUGCUUAUAUGAAGAAGCUCGACUAUAACCCUUCCUGUUUCUAUCCAUUCAUCGUCAGAGAAUCAAGCACAGUCAAUUGCAUAGUUUGCACUCACACCAAGCAACUACUACUUUAUGAGGGAAUCACAUUAAAGUGGGCUUCCUUGCUCAGUGAUACUCCAGUACAAGUUGCGGUUGGAACAAUAGGAAAAAUGCCUGGAAUGUUGAUCACAUUGACUGACCAAUGUAAUGCAGCUUGUUCAUAUCUUGGAACACAUCCAUCUGUUUUUAAUCUUCCACAAUCUGCUGCAAGAGAACCAGACUAUGCAACUAUUGACCAAGAAAUGCAGAAAAUAAAUAAUAAAAUCAAAGAACUUCACAUGAGCAAAGGUGAUGCCUUGUCACAAGCAAAAGAAUCAGAAGAUUUAACUGUAAAAGUAAAUGUGCCUCCUGCAAUCGACAAGGUUUCGGUUUCGUCUGAACAUGCCACUAUUUCAUCAGAGGGAAUUGUUCCUUCAAUCACAGUACAGAUUAUUUUAAAAGCUACAAGGAGAGUCAAAGAUGUAUCUAUCAUGAUUCACGUCGAUCAGCCUCUAACAUGCACUCAAAAACAUAUUGCAAUACCUGCUAUUUCUGAAAGUGAUCCAACACCAUGUGCAACUGUUUCGUUUUUUCUUUGCAACGAAUUUUCUCCUUCUUCCUUAGAAUUUGAAGUCGUUGUGUAUUAUCAGCAAAGUGUCACGGGUCACCCGAAGGUUGUAACAAAAAGUGCACAACUACCUUUGUCUCUUGUAUCAUGGCCGCAUGACCCAAUUAAAACUAUGGAUUCUAAAAUUACACUGGAAAGCAACAAACCUUGCAUGAAUCUUCUAGAACUUUUUCCAGAACUCGCUGCGGCAGAUGCAGGCCCAAACUGUGUGGGAUUGAGGCUGAUUUAUGGACCCAGAACUACUAUAUUGACGUCAAAGUCAUCAAAUCGGUACAGAGUGCAAAGCGAAUCAUAUGCAGGAUUAUGGCUUGUUACUCGUGAAUUGGUUAAAAGAUUAGAAAGUUCAGCAACAUGUAAACUGACUCAUCCUCAGCCAGUAAAUUUAGAAGAAUUAUCACCGAUAAUUGAUAGACAUUACCAGUUACGAGUAUCGAAAGAGAGCGUUCGACAAAUUUUAGAUCUUAGAGCAAAACAAUUUCGAGCGAUUCAGAGGCGAUUACUAACAAGAUUUAAAGAUAAAACACCAGCCCCAUUGAAUUGUUUGGAUUCGUUAUUGGAAGGAACCUACAGACAAAUUUUAGCACUUGCUGAUGCUUGUGAAGAAAAUGCUCAAACGUUACUCAUGUCUAAUAUUGAACUCUCUUGCGUUUUGAGACUAACAAUUUUACUCGCUCGUCUUUGGUUGGAACUCGGUUCUGAAGAGGUUUCACUCCUCGAAUCUGUGUUCUGCGUUCACUUGAGGGACGCUGAUAUGGGAUGGGAAGAAACAGUAGAGUGUUCAGUUUCUAAGUUGAUUCGCACUGUUCUAUCCAAAGGUGGUAAAGACUCUUUCAGUGCAAGUAUGCCUCCGUCUAAAACAACAUUGGAGCUACCUGAUGACGUCAGUAAGAUCAAAAAGUACAUAGGAAUCUUUUUUGAUCAUCUUUCCAAGGGAGCAAGAUUAAUCCCUCAAUCCAGCUUUAAAAGUAUAAACAGAAAUACAGGCCCAAUUUCUAACAUUUCUAUAAGCAAAUCAAAGGAUAGUUCACCGCAGCCAUUGAUGUCUAAAAGGGGUCAACCUCCACCCAUUGCAAGAGGUGUAAGUGAUGAUUAUUCAGCAAUAUUGGAAGAAGAUGAAUCAGCAAUAAUUGAUGACAUUAUGAAGUCCACUCCUGCUAUGCCCAGUGUACUCAAACCACCUUCAUUAUUCAAUUCUUCAAUAAAGGAAGACAAUACUGCGGAAUCAAUUGAUGAAAAACCAUAUAAAGUUGAGCCUAAAAGUGAACAUGAAAACGGAGUUGAAAAUCCUAUUGGAAUGGCAGUAAAACCAUCUCCAUCAAACAAUAGCGAUGAUGCCUUUAUGGCUGGUGAUGACAUAAUUGAAUCGCCUUCAUUUUACGACAACACUGCAGAUGAUUUGUAUGCAAUGUAGCUGCUGAUAGAGGUUGAAAUAAAUUUCAUUUUGAAUUGGCUAUGCAAACUCUAGACUCAGAUAUACUUGUAUGGCUGUCUUCGGAAGACUAAUACAAUGCAUUGUUUCUUAUUAUUUAUCAAUAGCUAUAUUGAACUAUCUCAUGCCGUGGUAACUAAAUUAAUUGAAACUUUUUUAUCUCUGUUUUUGAUAACGCUGUAUUCAUACACUGUACUGCAUGAAAAAAAUUUAGGAUUUGUUUUGCAGCCUAUUCGGAUGUGUAGUUAGAAUUUACUGAAUAGGAACAAUAUGCAUAUAUAAGAAAUCUUAAUUUUUCAGAUUCAGUCGUAAUUGAAGCGAUAGUAUCUGAAUCACUAGUAUUGUUAUUUUGUGUUAUAUGGCCUUUUCUAAUUUAUUUUAAGUCUUUGAAAAUGUAUAUUGCAAUCUUAACAUUGUGAAAUCGAUAGAAUACCUUAUUAUUUCAUGUCAAAAACUGCAGGCGUGGGACUGCAGAUGUGAUUAUUAAGUGAUUAGUACACCAUUCCACAUUUUUAGACCGACAAAAUUUAUAAGUACAUCUUGAUUUAUUUUCCUGGUUAUGCAGUUGUAUGUUCCUUCUCACAAAAAUCAAGUUCUUAUCUAAUAUUGUGUUUGCGAAUAGAAAUAGGUAAAUGGUAAAUUCUAUAGUUCUUUUGCAGCUGAUAAUUUGCACAGUAGAUGACACUGUAUAAUGCUUAGUACAUCCUUUUUUUCAUUUAUGGCUUUUGUUUUAAUUUGUUUUUGUACCUGUGUUCACGUUAGCAAUAAAGUAUUCUUUAAUAUAACUGA